UAUAGAGUAAUAGAGGUGGAGGCCAUAGCAGAGGAGGAGCAAGGAGAGAGGAGAGAAGCGUGGCCAUGGGUGACACUCUAGGACAGUCGGAGAAGAAUCCUCACGCGGUGAUCAUCCCGUACCCUGCUCAGGGUCACGUCACGCCGAUGAUGAAGUUGGCGAAGCUCCUCCGGUUCUAUGGCUUCCGCAUCACCUUCGUCAACACCCACUUCAACCACACACGCCUGCUCCGCUCCGGCGCCGUCGUCCCUUCGGAGGCUGAUGACCCGGGCUUCCGCUUCGAGUCCAUACCCGACGGGCUCCCGCCCUCCGACACCGACGCCACGCAGGACAUCCCCUCCCUCUGCGACUCCAUCUCUAAACACGCGCUCCUGCCGUUUCUCGACCUCCUGCACCGCCUUAACGACGACGGCGGCAACGCGCCGCCCGUCUCCUGCAUCGUCUCUGACGGCGUCAUGAGCUUCACCCUGGACGCCGCCAGGGAGCUCCGCAUCCCGGAGGUCGUCUUCUGGACUACCAGCGCCUGCGGCUUCAUGGGCUACCUCCACUUCCAACGCCUCAUCGACCGCGGCCUCACGCCUCUCAAACACGAAAGCGACAUCACGAAUGGAUUCUUGGAUACUCCGAUCGAUUGGGUGCCGGGAAUGAAGAACAUGCGGCUGAGGGACUUCCCUUCCUUCAUCCGGACCACCGACCGGGACGACAUCAUGCUCAACUACGACAACCGUGAGGCACAGCGCGCCGCCAUGGCCUCAGCGGUAAUCGUGAAUACUUUCGACGAGCUGGAAGGACCGGUCCUGGAGGCGAUGGCGGCGAUCCUCCCCCCGAUCUACACUGUCGGCCCGCUCUCCUUGCUUCUCCAGAACCACCAGAUUCCUAACGCCCUCGCCUCGCUCCGAUCCAACCUUUGGAAGGAGGAGAGCGGGUGCUUGGAGUGGCUGGACGGCCGCGCGCCGGGCUCGGUGGUGUACGUCAACUUCGGGAGCAUAACGGUGAUGAGCAACGAGCAACUGGUGGAGUUCGCGUGGGGGCUGGCGGAUUCAGAGUACGAGUUCCUGUGGGUGGUCCGGCCGGACCUGGUGCCGGGCCACGCGGCGGUGCUGCCGGCGGAGUUCGUGGAGAAGACUCGGGAGCGCGGGAUGCUGGCCAGCUGGUGCCCGCAGGAGGAGGUGCUGGGCCACUCCGCCGUGGGAGGGUUUCUGACGCACAGCGGCUGGAACUCGACGCUGGAGAGCAUCGUCGGCGGGGUGCCGAUGCUGUCGUGGCCCUUCUUCGCGGAGCAGCUGCAGACCAACUGCAGGUAAGCGUGCACGGAGUGGGGAAACGGUAUGGAGAUCGACAACAACGUGAAG